AUGGUUUUGCAAAGUGGAACGCAUACGAGCACUCUCGACCAGAAUCUGAAUGGUGAAAGCCAGAAGGAGAUCGCUUUCAACUUCCUGAGCCUCAACUCAGGUCUGCGUCAGCGCCUCUGGGGUGGAAGACCCCAUGUCCGGCUCAGCCUGUUGUGCACUCGCCAGGACUUCCAAAGGCAGGGCGCCGGCACCGUGCUGGUGCAACAAGGACUAGCGUUGGCAGAACAGCUUGGACUUCCGGGAUACGUCGAGGCAAGUACCGUGGGCUAUCAUCUUUACUCCAAGCUGGGCUUCGAGCAAGUUGAUACUGCCACGAUCAAAGCUGCAGACUGGGAUGGCGACCGCGACCGCACGCUGGUUGCGAUGGUGAGACCUGCAACGGCGAAAUGA